AUGUCGAUCCCGGGCGCAUUCGCACACUCGCCAGGAGACUCGGCAGACGACUCGGACGCCAGCUUCAACUCGGGCGACCUCGCUCACCUCGAGGGCAUCGCCCAGAUGGAUUCGGACUCGGACGACAACCUCGACCCCGACUUUGAGCCCGCCCUCGACGACGACGACGCCGACUUCUUCAUCGACGACGACGACGACACCGAACAAGACGACGGCGACGCCUCACCCCGGCGCGAUCCCGACCUCGACCUCGACGACGACGACGACGACGACGAGCCGCAAGCAGCAGCAGCAGCAGACGACGAGGACCGCCGACCGCAGCUCCGCAUAGGCCUCAACCCGAUCACCCGAAGCGUCAUGCUCAUCGGCGACGACGGCACGCCUCGACCGCUGCGCGCGACCGACCUCAUCGGCACCGGCGUGUCGCUCGGCGCCAUCCGCAACAUGCUCCUGCGCUCGCUCGGCCGAGGCGGCCCUGCGCUCGAUGCCGACGAGGACGACGAGGACGACGACUACGCCGUCAUGGGCCACGACGACGAGGACGACGACCACCGCUCGCCACGCACCAAGCAGUACUACCCGAUCAUCGACGACCCGCAAGAGAACGGCAUGCGGCUCGAGCGAGGCGGCGCCUUUGGUCCUCCGCCGACCAAGUACGACACGACCAAGCGCCGUCACUGGGUCCAGUCGCACUCGAUGGCCGACCACCUGCGCGCGCGCGAGCUCGACUUUCGACGACCGCUCAAGGACUCGCUCGGCGACCUCGCCAUCCCCAACUCGGCCGGCGUCGAGGUGGCCCAGUUCACCGACCCGGUCUACAGCGGCCAGUACAGCGCCGACGGCCGCUUCUUUUACGCGGCGUGCAAGGACUACCGCGUGUACGUGUACGACACGUCGACGCCGCCUCGAGUCGGCGACAAGUCGGUCACGGACCAGGCCGAGCCCGGCGCGAGGUCGCUCGGUCGCUUCUGGUCGCACCGCACGUCGCUCAAGGUCCAGAAGAUCGCCCAAGGGUCGGCCGCCAACUGCAGCUGGACCUUGACCGACGCCGAGCUGAGCGACGACUCACAGUGGCUCAUCUACUCGAGCAUCACGCCGCGCGUCCACAUGGUGCGCACCGGGUACGGCGGCGAGUGGGACGGCGACCAGGAGCAGCACACGCUCGACUUUGCGGCAGGCGCGCACUACGGCUUUGGCAUCUGGUCGGUCCGCUUCUCGCACGAUGCGCGCGAGGUCGUCGCCGGCGCGCGGUCGGGCCUCGUCCUCGUGUACGACGUCGAGGCGCAGCGCACGACGCUCCGGGUUCGGGCGCACCAGGACGACACGAACGCGGUCGCGUUCGCGAGCGCGAGCGACUCGAACCUGCUCGUGAGCGGGAGCGACGACUGCUUCGUCAAGGUGUGGGACCGCCGCAGCCUCGACGGCGAGCGGCCGAGCGGCAUCUGCGUCGGGCACACCGAGGGCGUCACGUUCGUCGCGCCCAAGGGCGACGGCCGGUACAUCCUGUCGAACGGCAAGGACCAGGGGAUGAAGCUGUGGGACCUGCGCAUGAUGAUGGGCGAGUUCGACUUUGACCGCCUGCGCCUCGACCGCAAGAGCUUCUCGAUCCACGACUACGACUAUCGGUACGGCCAGUACGCCAAGCCGCGCUACAUCAAGCACCCUCACGACGUCUCGGUCAUGACGUACCGCGGCCACGCCGUCCUGCGCACCCUGAUCCGGUGCCACUUUUCGCCCGUCGCGACGACGGGCCAGCGCUACGUCUACACGGGCUCGAGCGACGGCCGGAUCCACAUCUACUCGCUCGACGGCCGCGUCGUCCAGGUGCUCGACCGCGCCCACUCGCACCCGCUCAUCGACCGCUCGAGCGGGUCGUACAACGACCCGGCCGACCUGCAACUGCGCUCGCGCCCGCGCAAGGGCCGCACGGGCUACUCGCCGCCCGUCGUGCGCGACGUGAGUUGGGCGCCGUACGCGCCGCAGCUCAUGAGCACGGCGUGGGAGGACCGCGGCGCCGUCGAGGGCAGCAUCGCGCUGCACGAGUGGGCGGGCAGGCCGGGCGAGGCGCUCGAGGACCGCGUCGAGCGCGCCGGGCUCGAGGCGAGGGGCUGAGCCGGACGUCGUCGACUCGCAUUCGUCGACGCUGCUUCGUUGGCGCGUCGACGUGGAGGUCGUCGUCCUCUUCGCUCGAGCGGGUCGAGCGGCCGCACCUCUCCUUCCUCUCCUCCUCUCCUCUCCUCCUCUCCUCGCCCUCUUCCUCUUCCUGUGUACUACCCCUUUCGCUCGUUGUUGCUUGACAAUCCCACGCCGCCUUUCGC